AUGCUCCAGCGCGGGGCGUUUAAGCAUAUAGCGAAAUUGACCUUGGAUACGCGCUUAACUCUACCGACAAAACCAUUAUUUUCUCAGACGGAGAGCGCCAGGAUCGCUUGCGACAGACAGAUGAAUCCCCCGAAUACAGGUCGGGGGAGGGCGUUGAGAUCGCAUACUCGACCGGGUGGUGGACAGGAUAAUGGUCAUGGCAGUGGAAAUGGUGGUUCUGGGCGCGGCAGGGGCUCCUCGAGAGGAUAUCGCCCUCGUAGGGGGAGAGGGGGAGGGCAGAAUUCAAGGAGGGGAGACGCUAUGAAUGCGGAGGGAAAUGCUGGACUUGCUUCUGAUAACUGGCGAAGGCAAAGUCAGCCGCGAAAUAAUGCGAACCAAGGUUGGGGGCAGGCACAGGCAAACGGGAGUGAGGCUACAACUCUAGGCGCAUUUACGGGGAUGCCUACGAAUGAACAGUUUAUGCCGCCGUUUACACCGUUUACUUUAUUACCGGGGAUGGACCAGUGGAAUCCUAUGAACAUGCCCUUCCUACCACCACAUCUCAUGAUGAAUCCUAACAUCCCGAACCCGAUGACGAUGCCGCCAAUGUUUAAUCCUACGAUGCCGUUGUUCAAUCCUUUCGACCCUAUGAACCAGGUACCUGCGUCGGGAGGGUUUCCAGAUACUGUGCCUGCACAAAGACAAAAGUCGCCCACUCCUGCACCACCAGAGGCAGCGGAGCUUUAUCUACAGCAAGCAUCCCUACCGCCGACACCUCUACCAUCAAAAUCAAACCCUCAGCCCCUCCUCAUCAUCCUCGACCUCAAUGGAACCCUCAUCUACCGCAAACAUCGCAAGUUCCCGCCCUCAUUCGUCAAACGCGCAGGCCUGGAUAACUUCCUCGACAUGCUCAUGCGGAAACACAAAGUCAUGAUCUGGUCCAGCUCGCAGCCGCAAACGGUCAAAGCAGUCUGCGAAAAACUACUCACCGACGGACAGCGAAAGCGACUCGUCGCGGAAUGGGGACGCGAUAAAUUCAAUCUCUCCAAAUCGCAAUAUAAAAACAAGGUGCAGGUGUACAAGACCCUUGAAACCGUCUGGGCAAAUGAGUCUAUCCAAUCUUCUUACCCAGGCAAAGCGGGCAAAGCAGGGAAACGGUGGGACCAGACAAACACGAUCCUCAUCGACGAUAGUAAACUCAAAGCGCUCAGCGAACCGUACAAUAUCCUCGAGAUCCCAGAAUUUACGAACACACCUGUCCCCGGCGUCGACGAGACAGCAAUCUUCCCAAAGGUACUCGCUCGCCUCGAGACGUUAGCCAAACACGAUGACGUGAGCAAUAUGAUGCGCGUUUGGAAUGAUCAGGGACAGGGUGUCCUUGAUUUCGAGCUCGAAGAAGAUGUAUACAGCCCUAGAAGUACCGUUUCAACUACGACUACCUCUUCGACUUCCGAUGGCACAUCAACGCCCCUCGACCCAGUCGAAGCCCGCAAAGAAAAACGGAAAGCUCGCAAAUGGGAGCGAAAAGCUGCAAGACGCGCUGCAUCGGUGAACUCAAGAAGUCAUACUAGUACUCCUACAAAUGCGCUGAACACACCUGCAUCUGCCUCUGCAACACAGGCUGAACGCUCACCAUCUCCUGUUUCUGUCUCUGGUGGGUCUGUUCAGUCGGAGAAUCAUCUUUUGGAUAAGUUGGAGGAAUCUUUGAAUGUUUAG